AUGAUUAGACUGCAUCAACUGUUUCAUUGGAUGAUGUUAAUGGGUCAACUGUUUCAUUGGAUGAUGUUAAUGGCUCAACUGUUUCAUUGGAUGAUGUUAAUGGCUCAACUGUUUCAUUGGAUGAUGUUAAUGGCUCAACUGUUUCAUUGGAUGAUGUUAAUGGGUCAACUGUUUCAUUGGAUGAUGUUAAUGGCUCAACUGUUUCAUUGGAUGAUGUUAAUGGCUCAACUGUUUCAUUGGAUGAUGUUAAUGGGUCAACUGUUUCAUUGGAUGAUGUUAAUGGGUCAACUGUUUCAUUGGAUGAUGUUAAUGGCUCAACUGUUUCAUUGGAUGAUGUUAAUGGCUCAACUGUUUCAUUGGAUGAUGUUAAUGGGUCAACUGUUUCAUUGGAUGAUGUUAAUGGGUCAACUGUUUCAUUGGAUGAUGUUAAUGGCUCAACUGUUUCAUUGGAUGAUGUUAAUGGCUCAACUGUUUCAUUGGAUGAUGUUAAUGGCUCAACUGCUUCAUUGGAUGAUGUUAAUGGCUCAACUGUUUCAUUGGAUGAUGUUAAUGGCUCAACUGUUUCAUUGGAUGAUGUUAAUUGAUCAACUGUUUCAUUGGAUGAUGUUAAUGGCUCAACUGUUUCAUUGGAUGAUGUUAAUGGCUCAACUGUUUCAUUGGAUGAUGUUAAGGGCUCAACUGUUUCAUUGGAUGAUGUUAAUGGCUCAACUGUUUCAUUGGAUGAUGUUAAUGGCUCAACUGUUUCAUUGGAUGAUGUUAAUUGAUCAACUGUUUCAUUGGAUGAUGUUAAUGGGUCAACUGUUUCAUUGGAUGAUGUUAAUGGCUCAACUGUUUCAUUGGAUGAUGUUAAUGGCUCAACUGUUUCAUUGGAUGAUGUUAAUUGAUCAACUGUUUCAUUGGAUGAUGUUAAUGGCUCAACUGUUUCAUUGGAUGAUGUUAAUGGCUCAACUGUUUCAUUGGAUGAUGUUAAUGGCUCAACUGUUUCAUUGGAUGAUGUUAAUGGCUCAACUGUUUCAUUGGAUGAUGUUAAUGGCUCAACUGUUUCAUUGGAUGAUGUUAAUGGCUCAACUGUUUCAUUGGAUGAUGUUAAUGGCUCAACUGUUUCAUUGGAUGAUGUUAAUGGCUCAACUGUUUCAUUGGAUGAUGUUAAUGGCUCAACUGUUUCAUUGGAUGAUGUUAAUGGAUCAACUGUUUCAUUGGAUGAUGUUAAUGGCUCAACUGUUUCAUUGGAUGAUGUUAAUGGCUCAACUGUUUCAUUGGAUGAUGUUAAUUAAUCAACUGUUUCAUUGGAUGAUGUUAAUGGCUCAACUGUUUCAUUGGAUGAUGUUAAUGGCUCAACUGUUUCAUUGGAUGAUGUUAAUGGCUCAACUGUUUCAUUGGAUGAUGUUAAUUAAUCAACUGUUUCAUUGGAUGAUGUUAAUUGAUCAACUGUUUCAUUGGAUGAUGUUAAUUGAUCAACUGUUUCAUUGGAUGAUGUUAAUUGAUCAACUGUUUCAUUGGAUGAUGUUAAUUGAUCAACUGUUUCAUUGGAUGAUGUUAAUGGGUCAACUGUUUCAUUGGAUGAUGUUAAUUGAUCAACUGUUUCAUUGGAUGAUGUUAAUGGGUCAACUGUUUCAUUGGAUGAUGUUAAUUGAUCAACUGUUUCAUUGGAUGAUGUUAAUUGAUCAACUGUUUCAUUGGAUGAUGUUAAUGCUACAACAUGAUUGUGCUUCUAUAAUCAUAUUACAGAAUUCCUGAUUGUGUGAAUCCAACUACACGUUUGCUAUGAUACAGUAUGUUUGAUAUCUUACUUGUUUUUCAGUGUCGGGCGCAUAUGGUUUAAUCUAAUACAUGAUAAAAAUAAAAAAACACAUGAAAGAAUUUUGGACUGAGCUCCCCUCUCCAUGUAGAUAUAGAGUUGUUUUGCCCUCAUCUCUGUCCUGUCAGAUGAUUCAUGCCAUUGGUGGAUACAUUGCAGACUUCAUAUUCCAACUCUCUAGAAAUAGGGAUUGUCAAGCUUCCUUGGUAUCGGUCACUUCAACGUCAACUGCCCUAAUAAGUAGACUGUCAUCAUUGUAGUCUACAUUAUAUCAACUUGAAGCGAUCAAUGUAUGUUUUUAUUUGGUUUAAGAGGUUUAUUGGUCAUUUGUAACUUAAAACAUGGGACAGGAAUACUUUUGUCUAUGUAAUAUAAAAUAAUAAAAGUAUACUUUUUCACGGCCACCUACAUGGGGUCUGCCAUAGAUUUCCUAUGAUUGCAGAAAUGCUCUGUAUUGCAAAUACCCUUUAGCCAAUGAACAGUACUGAAGCAUUUAGUAUUUUAGCACAUUUUCUAAGCUCCAAGGAUGAAAGUAAAGGCCACAAAUGUAUUUGAAAUGUCCACAUGUGACAUGGUAACUUCAUUUAAAAUGAUGAUAUGGAGGUAAUGGGCAUUAUGUUUACAUGAAUAAAUGCCACCAGUGGUGAUUGCUUCAUGUUGCACCAUUUGAAUAAAAAAUAUGCUUUGUAUAUGUGAGCGUUCUUAUUUGGGAUUCAUGCAAAUAACAAAAUAAUAUUGUGAUUAAUAUUGAAUUGGGUUGUAUUAAGCUGUGGAAUGUAUGGAUAUUUUGUUGUGGUAUUUAAAUGUUAACAGGUGAAGCUGUGAAAAAUGCUGAAAAAGCACAUUUUCCUGUUGAUAGUUUCUGAUGUACAAUCUGUAAAGAAUGUGUAUGUUUGUAUUUUACAUUUCGGUUACUGGUCCAGUGCUCUAACCACUAGGCUACGCUGCCGUGUAUCAAAAAUGUUCCACCACCCAAAGGACAUCCAGUCAACUUGGCACAACUGUGGGAAGCAUUGGAGUCAACAUGGACCAGCAUCCCUGUGGAACGCUUUCGACACCUUGUAGAGUCCAUGCCCCGAGGGCAAAGGGGGGUGCAACUCAAUAUUAUGAAAGUGUUCCUAAUGUUUUCGUGUGUAUAGACAGUAUGGACAGUAUAGGAAUAGAAAAGGUGUGUACAGUAGUUAUAUAGGAUGAGCCUUGACUGGAAUACAGUAUAUACAUAUGAAGUGUGCAAAACAGGAUGUAAACAUAUUAAAGUGACCAGUGUUCCAUGUCAACAGUUGAAGUCAGAAGUUUACAUACACCUUAGCCAAAUACAUUUAAACUCAGAUUUUAGCCUAAUUCCUGACAUUUAAUCCUAGUAAAAAAUUCCUUGUCUUAGGUCAGUUAGGUUCACCACUUUAGUUUAAGAAUGUGAAAUGUCAGAAUAAUGGUAGAGAGAACGAUUUAUUUCCACUUUUAUUACUUUCAUCACAUUCCCAGUGGGUCAGAAGUUUACAUACACCCAAUUUGAAUUUGGUAGCAUGUCCUUUAAAUUGUUUAAAUUGGGUCAAACAUUUCGGGUAGCCUUCCACAAGCUUCCCACAAUAAGUUGGGUGAAUUUUGGCCCAUUCCUCCUGACAGAGCUGGUGUAACUGAGUCAGGAUUGUAGGCCUCCUUGCUCGCACAUGCUUUUUCAGAUCUGCCCGCAAAUUUUCUAUAGGAUUGAGGUCAGGGCUUUGUGAUGGCCACUCCAAUACGUUGACUUUGUUGUCCUUACGCCAGGGUCAUUGUCUAUUUGGAAGACCCAUUUGCGACCAAGCUUUAACUUUAACUGAUGUCUUGAGAUGUUGCUUCAAUAUAUCCACAUACUUUUCCUCCCUCAUGAUGCCAUCUAUUUUGUGAAGUGCACCAGUCCCCCCUGCAGCAAAGCACCCCCACAACAUGAUGCUGCCACCCCCGUGCUUCACGGUUGGGAUGGUAUUCUUCGGCUUGCAAGCCUCACCAUUUUUCCUCUAAACAUAACGAUGGUCAUUAUGGCCAAACUGUUCUAUUUUUGUUUCAUCAGACCAGAGGACAUUUCUCCAAAAAGUACGAUCUUUGUCCCCAUGUGCAUUUGCAAACUGUAGUCUGGCUUUUUUGUGGCGGUUUUGGAGCAGUGCCUUCUUCCUUGCUGAGCGGCCUUUCAUGUUAUGUCAACAUAGGACUUGUUUUACUGUGGAUAUAGAUACUUUUGUACCUGUUUCCUCCAGCAUCUUCACACGGUCCUUUGCUAUUGUUCUGGGAUUGAUUUGCACUUUUCGUAUCAAAGUAUAUUCAUCUGUAGGAGACAGGACGCAUCUCCUUCCUGAGCGGUAUGACGGCUGCAUCCUCCCAUGGUGUUUAUACUUGCGUACUAUUGUUUGUACAGAUGAACGUGGUACCUUCAGGCAUUUGGAAAUUGCUCCCAAGGAUGAACCAGACUUGUGAAGGUCUGCAAAAAAAAAUUCUGAGGUCUUGCUGAUUUAUUUGGAUUUUCCCAUGAUGUCAAGCAAAGAGGCACUGAGUUUGAUGGUAGACCUUGAAAUAAAUCCACAGGUACAACUCCAAUUGACUCAAAUUGUGUCAAUUACCCUAUCAGAAGCUUCUAAAGACAUCAUUUUUAUUUAUUUUUUCAAGCUGUUUAAAGGCACAGUCAACUUAGUGUAUGUGAACUUCUGACCCACUAAAAUUGUGAUACAGUGAAUUAUAAGUGAAACAAUCUGUAAACAAUUGUUGGAAAAAUUACUUGUGUCAUGCACAAAGUAGAUGUCCUAACCGACUUGUCAAAACUAUAGUUUGUUCACAAGAAAAUUGUGGAGUGGUUGAAAAACGAGUUUUAAUGACUCCAACCUAAGUGAAUGUAAACUUCCGACUUCAACUGUAUGUAUAUAGGGCAGCAGUCUCUAAGGUGCAGGGUAAAGUAGCGGGUGGUAGCCGGCUAGAAACCGUGACCAAGGUUCAGGACAGAGUACUGGGGGGUGGAGGCCAGCUAGUGGUGACUGUUUAACAGUCUGAUGGCCUGGAGAUAGAAGCUGUGUUUCAGUCUCUCUGUCCUAGCUUUGAUGCACCUGUACUGUCUACACCUUCUAGAUGGUAGAAGGGUGAACAGACCGUGGCUCGGUGGCUGGGGUUUUUGAUUAUAUUCUUGGCCUUCCUUUGACACCUGGUGCUGUAGAUGUCCUGGAGGGCAGGCAAUGUGACCCCGGUGAUGCAUUGGGCUGACCACACCACUCUCAGUUGCCGUACCAGGCAGAGAUACAGCCCGACAGAAUGCUCUCGAUGGUGCAUCUGUAGAAGUUUGUGAGGGACUUAGGGGCCAAACCAAAUUUAUUUAGCCUCCUGAGGAUGAAGACGCACUGCUGUCAGUGUGGAGUGAACAUUUCAGGUCGUCAGUGACCUUGGCCAGGACUGUCACCUCCUCCCUGUCGGCUGUCUCAUUGUUGUUGUUAAUCAGGCCUACCACUGUUGUAUCGUCAGCAAACUUAGUUGGCAACGUGCAUGGCAAUGCAGUCAGGAGUGAACAGGGAGUACAGGAGGCGGCUGAGCACGCACCACUGUGGGGCCCCCUUGUUGAGGAUCAGUGUGGUGUAGGUGUUGUUCCCUACCUUCACCACUUGGGGUCGGCCCGUCAUGAAGUCUAGGACCCAGUUACACAGGGCGGGGUUCAGACCCAAGGCCAGCAUUCAUACAUUUAACAUUGUAAACUAAUCUCUUCUAUACUGCAUAUCAAAACAACAACGCAUGAUAUAGUAUAACGUAACACAUUUUAUUAUUCAUAAACAUUUACAUUUACUUCUCUCACUACUGCUUAUUUAAUUACCACCAGAUGGUCUUAUUUUUAAAUAGACACAAUAUAUCACAUUUAAGAAGUGUUAUUAUAAGUAUGCUUCCUGUCAGUUCAGGUGUGAUUCUGAGUUCCUAACUUCAGAGUAGUUCCUCUACGUGCUGCCUGAGUAGGGUCCUUAGUCCGAGUCUGAGACCCAGAUGGCUCACUAUUCCCUAGUGUUCUUCUUUUGACUUGGGCCCAUGGAGCUGUGGUCAAAAGUAGGGGACUACUGUAUAUAUAUGUUACCAUUUGGGACGAAUCCAGCGAGACCAAGCACUGAUAGCAAGCUGAUAUCCCCAGUAAAUGCAGAUCAACCUAUCUGCAGUAAGCAUAGGAUAAGCCUACCCAGUUCUUAUUGUGGUGUCUUCUGUACUUCAGCUAAGGGUGUUUUAUUGGUUGUUGUAAAAGGACAUGCUCAAUGAAUCCAAUGAAACCCUUAUCUUGAUUUAAAGGAUUUAGGCAUUAGUGUUUUUUCAAUUAUAGCUACUUGUUCAUGAGGUGCUGUUUGUGCAGAUUGUGCAGAUCUUGUGUUUCUCUAUUAUUAGUGGUGUUCUCUGUUGAAAUUAUAUUUGGUGUACAAUACAAUGAUGAUAUGUGUUUUUCAGGUGAAACAGCUACUGGUUUUGGGGGAAUCAGCAUUGAUGGUCACCAUUUUCGCCAUAUUAUUACUUUUCUAGCGAAUUAUUGGUCUUGCCACAUAACAUCAUGUCUAGUCUAUGUCCAUUAUGUAGUCUGCCCUUACAUUUGUACAGUACCACUUUUAAAAUAAAAUGCAUUUCAUAUAUUGUGAUUCAAAGCUGGUCUGAAGCAGGUUGUUGAUGCAUAAGCAUGAAUCCUAAUUUUCUCAAUGCCCGUUUUUUUGAUUAUGAUAGUGUUGCCAAGAACCACAUUUUAGGUAACAUAGUUUGGCACUAUUCUCUCUUGGAGGGAUGGGGGAUAUUUCUAUUUAAAAAAGUAUAUAUUUUAGGUUUUCCCGAAGCUGAUUUUGCUGCUAUGUAGUAAUUCUUGCAAAACUUUGUUAAAAAUAUUAUGACGCAUCAGUAAGUUAUCAAAGUGUAUGUAGCAACUUAAUGUUUCUGCUAUUGUAUUCACAACUGCCUGACAUUUUUAUUUUGGUAAAAUAAAUAUUUUGUGUGUUAAAUGUG